CGGAAGUCGCAGGGCGGGUCAAAGGAGGCCCGGUCUCCGUAGCUCAUGGCGGGCCAGUUACUAGUGCCUGGCCGAAUUAUGCGGCUUCCGGGUGUCCAACUUUGGCGUCCCUUGCCUCGUAGACUCGGGCUCUGGGGCCCGGCCCAGGGAACCGCGAGAGUCUUGCUGAGGCAAUUCUGCGCGCGGCAAGAGGAGGUGUGGCGGGCCGUGGGGCUCGCUGGCAGGUGCCUGGGAAGCCGGCCCCUCAGCACGGCGAUGCCACCACCCCCGGAGUCGUCGGGGCCGGAGCAGAAGGGCCACAGAGAUCCCACGCACCCCUCGAAGCCCGGGCCUGUUACCUGGAAGUCUUUAGCAAUCACAUUUGCUAUUGGAGGAGCUUUAUUGGCUGGAAUGAAGUACUUCAAGAAAGAAAAGAUGGAAAAGCUAGAAAAGGAACGGCAGCGAAGCAUCGGAAAGCCUUUACUUGGGGGACCAUUUUCUCUCACAACUCAUACUGGAGAACCUAAAACUGACAAGGACUACCUGGGUCAGUGGUUACUGAUUUAUUUUGGUUUCACUCAUUGCCCUGAUAUCUGUCCAGAAGAACUAGAAAAAAUGAUUCAAGUCGUGGAUGAAAUAGAUGAUAUUCCAUCUCUGCCAAAUUUAACUCCGCUUUUCAUCACCAUUGACCCAGAGAGGGACACAAAAGAAACCAUCGCAAAUUAUGUGAAAGAAUUUUCUCCCAAACUGAUUGGCUUGACUGGCACAAAAGAAGAAAUCGAUCAAGUGGCCCGAGCAUACAGAGUAUAUUAUAGCCCUGGUCCCAAGGAUGAAGAUGAGGACUACAUAGUGGAUCAUACAAUAAUAAUGUACUUGAUUGGACCAGAUGGUGAGUUUCUAGAUUAUUUUGGCCAGAACAAGAAGAAUGCAGAAAUAGCUGGGUCAAUUGCUGCACACAUGUGGGCACACAGGAAAAGGAGCUAGCCAAAGCAGCGUUGCCGGAAGCAGUAUUCUCUUGCUAAAGAGGAAGGAAGCUUUGUCUCCCAUAGGAGCCAAUAUAUACAUGCAACCUACAGAAUGACCUUUGUACCAUGAGAACAUCUGGAUGGGAUGUUCAGCCAAAAUGGAUUCUUGGAAAUGUAAAGAUUACAACCUGAAGUCUUUCAAGUAGCUGCGGUGGGACCAGAAGACCAAACUAAAGUGCAGCCAGUGAAGAGCGGACCUGGUGGAAGGGCACAGCAGGGAGAGGCACAGCCAGUGCGUUUCCCCUCAUGCACGGGCCCUCCAGGCAGCUCUGCUGCCUCUCCAGCAUCUUGGACCCCUGCCAUACAGGUUGUGGGACUGAGUUUUGUGGAAAAGAGUGUGAUUUCCGUGGCGCUUUUGCUUUCCUCUUGAAUUCUUUGCUCUCUGAGUUCUUGGUGGCUAAUAACAGUCUAAUUAGGUUCUCUACCAUUCAAAGUUAAUCUUUACACUUGAAAGCAUAAGUUUAGUCUUCCUUGUUAAUGAAUAUCACUGUCAGGUUUGCCAUUGAUUGCCCUGUCAGCAGAUGUCAAUUUGAACUAAUGAAGAGAGCAUCUAUUUGGAGAAAACCUUUACUCCAGUUUUUCUAGGGGUCUUUGUCAUGAGUUUUAGCUAAAUGAUGUGCCAAGUUUUCAAUGACAUGCCAAGUGGAAAUAAGAGGGUAUUAAUCAUGAGUGUAAUAUAGAGUACUUUUCUGCAUAUACGAGAUUGCACUGCGUGUAAAAUAAAGGUGAUUGGGUUUUGCGACUCAAACAAGCAUGACCUUUCUCAGGGGUGAGGAGUGGAGCGGGUGCCUAGAUGGCAGCACACAGCUCUCAGGGCAGAGUCCCACAGACUCCGGUGGGCAGGUAGGUGGAUGCUUGUUCAAAUGCAGGUACCCAGGCCCGGAGCUAAAUUCACUGAGUCUGGGGUGGGAUGCAGAGACUUCCAUUCAUAACAGAUAUCACAGGUGACUCAGAUGCUGGUGGUCCGGGGACCACACCUUUGAGAGUGUUUUGGGGGGAAAUAAUUUCACCCAUCUUUUGGUGAGUCAGCGGAAAAAAAAAGAUCGUUGAGUGAUAGAAUGAAUCUUGGCUUUUGUUUCUAAAUGUAACUGCCCUGCAUAUCGGGGCUUGACUAUCACCUUUUCCACUUGAAGCUGUUGUCCUGGGGCAAAGUUCUCUGAAAACUUUUCAGUAAAUCCUAAGAUGCAGCAGGUAUAAUGCCUAGUCAGACAACAGAUUCUUUUUAUACAUCAGU